CUCGGUCAGAGGGGGCCGUUGGAGGAUUUCUUCUGGAGGAUUAGUUCUGUAUGAGAAAGCGAGCACGACAGGACUCCAGCUCUACAUCUGAGUUCACUGUCAGUCUUGUUGAUUCUUCCUCUGGUUCGGAUUAGUGUGUUGUCUUAAACUUUGGAGAACCAAUAUCAAACACUGCCCUGCUUUCGGUUACUACUUUUUCCUUUCUGCUGCUUCGGCACAUUCUUCUGUGACAGCAAGUCUGGCUCUCCAUCGUCUUUCCAUUUAUCCCAGUGCACGAGAAGAAUCUUGAGUAAAGAUGCAGAGGUCAAAGGUUACGCUCUGUCUCACCUUGUUCGCACUCUGCUGGAUCUUAUCGUGCUUCGACGAAGUUGACGCGGAAGCCGUGAUCAGGCCUGGGAAGACCACCAAAGGGCUGAGAAGACAAUCUGCCCCUGGUGAUCAGCAAAGAAAAGAAUUACAGUCGGAAGACACUCAGCUGGACGAGCCCAGUGUAGAUAUGGAGGGUAGAAAUGGCAAACCGAGCGGUAAAAAGUCACCUGAAGCGGUCCUAGCAGAUAAGGCAAAGAAAGCAGCAGAAAAAGAGGCUAAAGCAACUAAACCAAAAGUCCCCAAGCCUACCAAGGCGCCCAAGCCUCCAAAACCAACAAAGAAGCCUAAACCAACCAAGAAACCCAAACCACCCAAACCAACCAAAAAGCCAAAACCACCAAAACCAACCAAAAAACCCAAGCCACCCAAACCUACCAAGAAGCCCAAGAUAGUGAAGGCCACCCCAAAGUAUGAAGAAAUUGAGAACGUCGCCCCUCCAGCCGAGAAACCAACCCUGGAUAGGGAGGAGGAGGAGAUUAUUGUCACAGACUUUGGAUUGGACAAAUAUGUUCCGCCCAAGAAAGACGCCCCAACGACGACUUCAAUGACUAAAAUCCUUAACGAGCAUGACUCUGAUUACUGGGAUGCCAGAUUUGAAGUAACAGAGCCGGAUCUCCUGCCCAAAGUCAAAGAGGCCGACCCCAUCACUGAGGAUCCGAACAUAUAUUUACCCAUUCCAGAGGAGGCCACAUCCAAACCAUUUGUACCUCCCUGGUAUGAAGAAUACGACCUAUCUGACUUGUUAGAAAAAAAGAUGGAGGAGGAGAUGGAGAAAAAGCGGAAAGAGAAGGAGGAAAAGGCUGAAAAACUCAGAAAACAAUGGGAGGAGGAGGAGGAAGAGAGAAGAAAGCAAACUCCUGUUUAUGUUGAACCAAAAAAUUGUCCUCCAAUGGGCAUGGAGUCGCAUCGCGUGGAGGACGACCAAAUCUCGUCCUCUUCAACGUCACAUCAUGGAUUUGCAGCCCAGAGAGGCCGGCUGAACAUGCAGGCUUCAAGCAAUGAGGAAGAUGUUUACGGAGGUGCCUGGUGUGCGGACACGGAGGAGAAGGAACACUGGUUUCAGCUGGACGCCCGGCGAGAGGUGGAGUACACCGGGGUCAUUACACAGGGCAGGAACUCGGAAAUAAAUGAAGACUUUGUUUCAUCGUAUUUUGUGGCCUUCAGUAACGACACUCGUGAAUGGAAGGUGCUUCACGAUGGCUACGCUGAAUGGCUCUUUUACGGCAAUAUCGACAAAGAAACGCCGGUGAAGACCGAGUUCUCCCAGCCUAUGGUUGCACGAUAUAUCCGAAUCUUACCCCAGAGCUGGAACGGCAGUCUGUGCAUGAGGCUGGAGGUGCUUGCCUGCCCCCUGCCUAAUAGUUACCCGUCAGAGAAUGAUGUCACACCCACCGAUGACUUGGAUUACAGGCAUCACAACUACAAGGAGAUGAGGCAGAUGAUGAAAGUGAUAAACGAAGAGUGUCCUAACAUCACCAGAAUCUACAACAUAGGCAAGAGCGCUCAAGGGCUGAAGUUGUACGCGAUGGAGAUCUCGGACAACCCGGGAGAGCAUGAGACAGGUGAGCCUGAAUUCCGCUACACUGCAGGUCUGCAUGGGAAUGAAGUCUUAGGCAGAGAGCUCCUACUACUGCUCAUGCAAUACCUCUGCAAAGAGUACAACUACGACAACCCUCGAGUGCGACGUCUUGUGGACGGAGUGCGCAUCCAUUUAGUGCCCUCUCUCAAUCCAGACGCGUACGAGCUGGCUUAUGAAAUGGGGUCAGAAAUGGGAAACUGGGCUUUGGGACACUGGACCCAGGAAGGGUAUGACAUAUUCCAGAACUUUCCUGACCUUAAUAGCAUAUUGUGGGGUGCAGAAGACAGGGGUUGGGUUCCCCGCAUUGUACCAAACCAUCAUAUCGCCAUACCUGAAAACUUUUUGAAUGGCUCGGUGGCCACUGAGACCAAAGCUAUCAUCUCCUGGAUGCAGCGGACACCCUUCGUUCUGGGAGCAAACCUGCAAGGCGGUGAGAAUAUAGUGACAUACCCGUUCGACAUGCAGCGGCCAGCCCGGGUCACCAGCACGGGUGUACGCCCAAACUACAACAUGAACGAAGAGACAUGGGCCCGGAUACAGAGGCAAAACGAAGGUGCGUUGCGAGAGACUCCUGACGAGAGCAUGUUCCGCUGGCUGGCCUCGUCCUAUGCUCACAGCCACCUCACCAUGACGGAGACGCAGUACGGCUCGUGUCAGGCCGAUGAUAUCACAGGUGGCCAGGGCAUCAUUAACCGUGCGAGCUGGAAACCUGUUGUUGGCAGCAUGAAUGAUUUCAGUUAUCUUCACACUAACUGCUUCGAGAUAUCCAUCUUUCUUGGAUGUGACAAAUUUCCGCAUGAAAGCGAGCUGCCUUUCGAGUGGGAGAGCAACCGAGAAUCUUUGCUUGCUUUCAUGGAGCAGGUGCACCGUGGCAUCAAAGGUGUGGUAAAGGACACUGAUGGGAAUGCAAUCGCAAAUGCUACAAUAUUGGUCGAAGGAAUCAGGCAUGACGUGAAAACAGCUUCUACAGGUGAUUACUGGCGUCUCCUUAACCCGGGCGAGUAUCGCGUAACCGCAAGAGCUGAUGGUUAUACCUCUCAGACUCGCUUGUGCAUGGUAGGCUACGAGGCGAGUGCUUCACGAUGCAGCUUCACAUUAACCAAAUCCAACUGGGCCCGGAUUAGAGAGAUCAUGGCCCAGAGUCAGAACAAACCAGUUAGAGUCCUCACCAGAACCAAGCCCGGAAGCACGAGCAUUGUUGGUCCGAAUAUAAACAAACUGCCUGUUGGGGAAAGAAGGGAGAGACUGAGGCGUUUGCGUAUGAUGCGUCUGCGCAAACUGCGAAUGCAGAGGUUGAGGGGCAUCAUGACCACCACUAUAGUGCCCACCACCACUACCACCACGACAACCACCACCACUACUACAACAACCAGCACUCCGCUUCCCACCACCACAGAGCUGAUAGCAGAGACCACUGACUCCUGGUUCGACACGUGGUUCGUGCCAGACACCACAGAUGAAGCAGAACCAAUCGAGAUUGAGCUCCCAGAGACAGAACCAACACGAGACUACACCUUUGAGUACAGGAUAGAUGAUUAUUAAGCACACACACACACAAUAAUAAAAGCCACCUCAGCAACAUUGCAUCUUUUUUUUUUUUUUUACAAUCCUUUAUUUUCUACUUUAUAUGGACAUUUACUCUGUAGAACAGAGUUUUGGAUAUGGUUUUUAAUAAAAAAAUGAAUCCAAUCAAUGUAAAUCAAAGUCCACCUAGUGUUCAACUUCCGGAAGUGCACUUUUCUUUUGUAUUGACGCAUUUUUUUUUUAAAUAAUAAAAAAUGGCUGGAUUA